GCAGAGGGAACCUGAUCCCGAGGCCAUACCCCGUAGCUCCCCCGCACGCCGUGACGCAGCCCAGCGAGUUGACCGGCGCCGCCACGGGACGUUACACGCCAACCAACAACCACGCGGCGGGAGCGGGACCACGGCGGUGCAGCGGUGGCGGCGGCGGCCGGCAAGCGAGAGCGAUCCCCCGCGUGGGCCGCACGCUGCGUUUACAAGCGUUCACACCCUCCGGCCUCGGCAUAUUUCUACCCCCCGCGCGGCCCACCCGCUCCAUCGUUCUUCCGUCCGUUCGUGAGUUCGUCGCCGUCUCCACGCUACCGCUUCCGCAACCACCCGCUCCCUUCCUUCCUCCCCUCCGGGAGACCACCGCCCGCCCCCCGCACCCGCACCCUCGCCGUUCUCCCCCUUCCCGCGCUCCAGGAUGGCCGCCGCCUCGUCCGCCGCCUCCGUCCACGACUUCACCGUCAAGGAUUCGAGUGGAAAAGACGUGAACCUGAGUACCUACAAGGGGAAGGUUCUCCUCAUCGUUAACGUCGCAUCCCAAUGUGGCUUAACUAACUCCAACUAUACUGAGCUGAGCCAGCUGUAUGAGAAGUACAAGGACCAAGGCUUUGAGAUAUUGGCUUUCCCAUGCAAUCAGUUUGGUGGGCAGGAACCUGGCUCCAACGAGGAGAUUGUCCAGUUUGCCUGUACUCGCUUCAAGGCCGAGUAUCCCAUUUUUGACAAGGUUGAUGUCAAUGGUAGCAAUGCUGCGCCCCUGUACAAGUAUCUGAAGUCCAACAAAGGUGGCCUUUUCGGUGACAGCAUCAAGUGGAACUUCUCCAAAUUCUUGGUUGACAAGGAGGGUCGUGUGGUGGAUCGCUAUGCUCCCACCACCUCCCCUCUGAGUAUCGAGAAGGAUAUCAAGAAGCUGCUUGGGAGCUCUUAAACCAUUAGGCCGGGAACUAUAGAACAACCUGCGCUUCUGCGCUGUAUUCAGCACUUGAAACUAAGAGUCCUCUUAAUAAAUUGGUGAUCUUACACUUCACAGGUUGCAUUUGCUCUAUAUUCCUUGCAUCCUGAACCCUUAUUGUACUCUGUACCUAGUUCAUGUCAAUAAAUUUUCUUCUUGUAUCUGAUGUGUAUGCAUCUCCUUGGAUUCUUUGUCGGUGUGCAUUGUUUUGUUCGUUUAUUAAGAUUGAUUCCGCCACAAAAA